AUGGACGAUGGUACAGCAGCUGUGGUUAUGGACAAUGGGACCGGUAUGAGCAAAGCGGGACGUGUCUUGGCUGGAAUGACUAUCGAGGACACAUACGUUGGCGAACAAGCGCAGGCGAAACGUGGUAUGCUGACCUUGCAAAACCCUGUCGAAUUCGGAAUGGUUACCAAUUGGGCCAACAUGGAGAAACUCUGGCAUCAUGCUUUCUACAACGAACUUUGCGUGGUCCCCGAGGAGCACCCUGUGCUUCUGACAGAGGUCAUCCACAAUCCAAAAACCAACCGCGAGAAGAUGAUGCAAAUAAUGUUCGAGACGUUCCACGUCCCCGCGUUCAAUGUGUCUGUCCAGGCCGUGUUGUCGCUUUUGGCUUCUGGUCGGAGAACAGGCAUCGUUCUCGACUCUGGAGAUAGUGUUUCGCAUAUGGUGCCUGUCUACGAAUGUUUUUCUUUGCCUUAUGCAAGCCGCCGUCUUGAUAUUGCUGGAAUUGACAUUACACAAUAUCUGGCUACGAUUUUGACAGAGAGCGGGUAUGUGUUCGCGACAACUGCUGAACGGGAUAUUGUGCGUGACAUCAAGGAGAAAUUCUGCUACGUUGCCUUGGAUUUUGAAAAGGAGAUGCAACUUGCUAAUGAAUCUUCUGGCAGUGACAUACGAUAUGAACUUCCAGAUGGGCAUACUAUCGAUAUUAACAGUCAGAGGUUUCGUGCUCCUGAAGUACUCUUUCGACCGUCUUUACUGGGCUAUGAGUGGCCCGCUGUUCACAAAAUGUUAGACAUUUCCAUAUCAAAAUGCGACGUCGAUAUGCGUUUGGACCUCUACUCGAACGUUGUUCUAUCUGGUGGAACGACCCUUUUCCCGGGAAUAGCUGAACGUCUCAGCAAGGAGCUGGCGGAGCUGGCCCCGAAAGGCAGCAAAGUCAAUGUCAUUGCUCCUCCCAAGCGAAAAUAUUCCGUCUGGAUUGGAGGGUCGAUUCUAGCGACAUUGAGUACAUUCAAGAGUGUAUGCAUUUCAAGAAGGGAGUACGACGAGCAUGGCGCUAGAAUCAUCCAUCGCAGUGAGUGUUUACAUCAGCAGGUGUUGAAUGAUAAAGCUUCCUCCCGAGGUCGUCUAACAUUACAACGUCUGGAGAUGGAUUACUCUGAAGACACACCAGCCGUGGAUCCUCAUAUGCGCGCAUUCACUGUCAGAUUAUUGACAACGGAUCGGGUACUUGCAGGGCGGGGUUCGCCGAAACAUUAUUGGGUAUCCACGAUACUCUCUCGCGGGCCCACCGACGCUGCUUGGUUCCGGAAGCCCCAAAGACAGAUACAUCGGGUAUGUGGUUUCUGUCUCUCCCCAUCCACCCCACGCUCGUUCCUCACUGUUGAAACCAUUCACAAAAAUCUAUCCAAAUCUUUAAGAAUCGAUGCCCAAACCCGACGUGGUAUCCUAAACCUCAGAUACCCCAUCGAGCACGGGGUCGUCAAAGACUGGGAAGGGAUGGAAGCGAUGUGGUCGCACCUCUUCUCAGAACAGCUGCGUGUUGACAUGGACGCCGACCCUCGCCCCGUCUUACUGUCUGAGCCCCCGCUUAAUCCGCGCACACAGCGCGCCAGGGCAGCGGAGGUGCUUUUCGAACGCCUGCAUGCGCCUGCGAUGCAUAUGCGCUGCGCGCCGCAGCUGGCGCUGUACGCUUCCGGGCGGGCGUCGGGACUGAUGCUCGAUGUAGGCGAUGGGGUGGCACAUGCGGUGCCGAUAUACGAAGGUUAUUCCCCCGUUGCGGUUCCGGGAGCGAUGAGGAGGUGGGAUUUUGGCGGGAGGGAUAUUACAGACUUCUUGGGUAGGUUGUUUAGGGAGAAGGGGUAUGCAUUGAGUGCCGGGGAAGGGGCGACAAGAGAGGUAGUAAGAGAGGUGAAGGAGUUGCGAGGAUAUGUUGCACUGGACUACGAUAAGGAGAUGACCAAUCUCAGAGAGAAGGGCGAAGGUAUUACUGAGAAGACGUACGAGCUUCCGGAUGGGCUGUCAAUCGUCCUUGGGAAUGAAAUGUUUAGAGCGCCUGAGGCCUUGUUCCAACCGACAUUGGUCGGAGAAGAGGGUCCUGGCCUCCAUGAGAUGGUCUGGGCGUCAAUUGCCAAAUGCGACAUUGAUCUCCGACGUGUCUUGUACCGGAACAUAAUACUCUCCGGAGGAUCAACGAAGUUCUACGGAUUUGUCCGGCGUCUACAGAAAGAGCUGGAUAAUCUGACGCCCGGUUCAGGAGUGGAGGUUAAAAUUGUUGAUAUUCCAGAACGCAAAUUCAACGUGUGGAUUGGCGGUUCCAUUCUUGCGUCUUUGAGUACGUUCAGACGGAUGUGGGUCACCAAACGGCAGUGGGAGGAAUUUGGGGAAGAAAUCGUGCACACAAAAUGCGUUUAA